UGGGUCAUCCUGGCUCACCUCUUUAAAGUUAGGUUUAAGUCCCAUUAGGGGUGGGCAAUAUAAACGAUAUAAGGUAGACACGAUAUAAAAUUGGGUAAUGAUAGAGUUUUUGGCUAUACCACGAUAACACAUGAUGUCACUAAGAUGUGCACCCUGCUGACAUUGGGACAACAGAAUGGAGUGACUGCAAGCAUGGAGUGGGCAGAGGAGGGGGCCUAUAUGGCAUAUAUUUGCCACAUGAGGAUAUUUAAGAGCACGUCAUUUAGACAUUUAUGAACAGAGGAAAAAAUAUAUUGCAAUAUAUAUCGUUACUGCACAUGCUUCAGAUUAUAUCGCAAUAUAGAUUUGAGGCCAUAUCGCCCAGCCCUAAGUCCCAUAGUUGUCACGGACACUGGUGGAUGGUGAAAAUUGUCCUCUGCAUUUUGACCCAUCUCAAUGGGGAGUGGUGAGCAGCAGACACGGCCGCGCUCCGGGACUAUAUUUGGUGGUUUAACCCCCGCAGUCCAACCGAUUACAGCUGAGUGUCAAGCAGGGAGACACUGGAUCCCCUUUUUUUAAAGUCUUUGGUAUGACCCGACUGGGAUUUGAACCCCGAUCUCCCAGGGUGGAUACUCCACCACUAGGCCACUGAGCUAGUUGGUUAGUUUGGGUAAUUCUGGUUCAUCCCUUUAGUUAUGCUGCCAUAGACUCCAUGCUUGCAUUAAUGUUGCUGCCAUUAACGGUUUUCUGUUGUUUAGAAAUGACUGGUGUCCCUCUGGGUUGGUCUCCGUCUCUCAGACCCAGUCGGCUUCUUCUGGUUCUGCUGAAGGUUUUGUCCGGAUCAACGUGUUUUUUUCUCUUCCAUGUUUUUUCUGAGCAAAAAAAAAAAAAAAAAAACUAAAAAAAGAUAAAAUGAUUCUGUAACUAAGCGAAUAACUCGGGCUGUAGAUCAGAAAUGAAGCAAAGAUUAAUAGAAGUUUGAUUUUUUUAAGGCUCUCCCUUAGAGAUAGGGUGAGAAGCUCGGUCAUCCGGGAGGGGCUCGGAGUAGAUUUGCUGCUCCUCCACAUAAAGAGGAGCCAGUGGAGGUGGCUCAAGAAUCUGGUCAGGACGCCUCCUGGACGCCUCCCCGGUGAGAUUUUUUGGGCACGUCCAACCGGGAGAGCCUAAAGGAAGACCCAGGACACGGUGGAGGGACUAUGUCUCUCACCUGGCCAGGGAACGCCUUGGGACCCCUCCCCCGGAAGAGCUGGCCCAAGUGGCUGGGGAGAGGGAAGUCUGGGCCUCUCGACUUAGGCUACUGCCCCCGCGACCCGACUCCGGAUAAGUGGAAGAAAAUGGAUGGACUUUUUUUUAUUUUUAUCAUCCAGCAAGCAAAUUUAAGCUUAAAUUAGGUCAAACUUUUGAGGAAAUAUGGAAUAAACAUCACUACAGCCUUAAUGGAGUAAAAUGAUUUUAGUUAUUGGAUCUAAUUCUUUUUUUUUUUUUUCCAGAAAAAGCCUGUUUUCCUGAACAUUCUGUGGAGUUUUAAUUAUGAAUUGUGGCUAAAAAUAAGUUAUUUAUAAAACAGUUACAGAACAAACCCUAUGUAAACACACGCUGUUUACUUCCUGUUGAAUUAUCUGCGUGGGCUUUUCUAGUCUCUGGUUUAAAUUCCUCUGAAACAUUUUUGAAACAUAAUCUGUAAUUUUCUUAAUUGAUUUUAAUCCAGAGAGGGAAGUUUUGUUCUCAGCAGGAUUUGUGCGGCCUGGCCUACAUCUGACCGUCAGCGUUCAAAUCAAAUGAUGAUCAGAGGAGAAUCCCUGUGAUGCUACGUGCUGAUUGGCUGAUUCUGCGGAGCCCGCCCCUCUCCCCCCUCCUGUGCGAUAACAGAUAAAUAAGCCAGACUAAUGUCAGCCUCCCACAGCUCCACCGUUCUACAGCUCCGUCCAUCUAGACCGUGGAUGUUCUGCUGGUGCUGAAGCGGGUUCGGGUUCACGAUGGACUUUUGUCUCUCGGCUGAUUAUCACUUCAUCGGUCCUCAGAGCCUCCUGGACUCCUCCUCCUCCUCAGGUGCAGAUGAGGCUCAGUCUCCCACCUCCAUCCUGGACUCCUCACCCAUCAGUCCUUCCUUCUCCCUGGGCUCCACUCCUGCUCUCAGCCCCCCACAGCCAUUCUUCAUCUUUCCCAGCCCACUCUCCUCCUCCUCCUAUGGCCUCCUCUGUGGAGGUCUGACUCCAGACUCCUCAACAGGACGCGGACCCAGUGGAGGAAGCAUCAGCAGCAGAACCUCAGAGUCGCAGUCUGACUUUUGUUCCUCAAAGGUGGACUCCAUCUUCAGAGGGGACUACCUGACCUCCAUGAGGCCCUUGGGGUCCAAGCGUCUGUGUCUGGUCUGCGGAGACUUUGCAUCUGGGUUUCAUUACGGCGUGGCGUCCUGCGAGGCCUGCAAGGCAUUCUUCAAGAGGACCAUCCAGGGCAACAUCGAGUACAGCUGCCCAGUGAUGAACACGUGCGAGAUCACCAAACGGAGGAGGAAGGCCUGUCAGGCCUGCCGCUUCCAGAAGUGUCUCCGAGUCGGAAUGAUGAGGGAGGGUGUUCGUUUGGACCGGGUCAGAGGGGGCCGCCAGAAAUACAAAAGGCGGGUAGAGACAGGAGUUCUGUGCUCCAAGGCCCACUACAGCUCCUCUGGCAGCACCAGUGAGUUCCUUCUCAUGUUUUUGAUGGUGUCCAUUCCAGCUGGACCUCCUGGUUCUGACCCGUCUGUCCCUCUUUCAGGAAACAAGCUCAUCUCCCAUUUGCUGCAGACAGAACCCGGCUCCCUGGCUGCCAACCAUGACGCCUCCACCGACGGUAGCCUACGGACCCUGCUGACCCUCUGUGACCUCCUGAACCGAGAGCUGCUGGUUCUGAUCGGCUGGGCCAAGCAGAUCCCAGGUUUCUCUGACCUCUCAUUGGUGGAUCAGAUGUCCCUGCUGCAGAGUGGCUGGAUGGAGGCGCUGCUGGUGGGCGUGGCCUGGCGUUCCCAGAGCGCAGCAGGGGAGGAGCUUGUGUUUGCUGGAAACCUGCAUCUAAGUGAGGCUCAGUGUCGAGCUGCGGGAUUGGCCGACGUGUACGAGGCGGUGCGACACCUGACAGUCCGUUACCAGGGGAUGAAGCUGCGUCUUGAGGAGGCGGUGACUCUGAAGGCCUUGGCACUCGCCAACUCCGAUACCGACCCGGUGGACUGUCCUGACGCGUUGCAGCGGUUCCGGGAUGGGCUCCACGAGGCGCUGCAGGACUACGAGUUGUCCCGCAGGGAGCAGCACCGGACGGGCCGCCUGCUGAUGAGCCUCCCGCUCCUGAGACAGACCGCAGACAGAACCGUGCAGAACCUCCUGUGGCUGCAGCGUCAGCGCCGCAUCCCGCUCCACAAACUGCUGCUGGAGAUGCUCGAUGCAAAGGCGUGAGCUCUUCCCGUCUGCAGGGGAACCAGAACAGCCCAUCGCAUUAAAGGUUCUGAUCGAGACAUCUACCUCCUCAGAGAUACAACCCAAACCCGGUUCUUCGACAGGAAUCCACUUUCAUUUGAUCUUUGUAGCCAAAGGACACGUGGCGCCGCAGCGAUGCGCCAGACCAACACAGAGGGAACCGGGUUCUGGACUGAGAGUCCCAUCAGCUCUGGAUCAGGAGACGAUGCUUAAGAUCCAGUUUGGUUCUGGUCAGUUAUGACCUGGAGCUGCAGGUCGUGUGUUUAAAGAACCAGAACCAGUGUCCAUGAUGAAGUUCAUCCAGCUGGAUGAAGAUGAGGGUCCAGUUAGUGAGGAACUAAAGGGACUGAAAGCCCAGUUCAGCAGAACCAAACAGAACCGACUGUUUUAAUUCAGGAUUAAUCCAAAUGUAUGUAUUUGAUCUGGGAGAGAAAAGCCGACCCGUUUUACUGAACCGGUUUUCUAUGAGUGGUUCUGAUGGAUCAGACCCAAUGGGCCGUUCGCUAAGCCACGCCCCCCUUAUGUUUGUCAGAUGCUUGUACCCAGAACGCCACUCGUGUUCCGUGUGUGGGAGGAAACCCACGAAGGCGCGGGGAGAACAGGCUAAUGUCAGGCCGCUGGGACUCAAACCCGCAACCUUCCCUGCAGCUUCUGCAUUUCACCUGUUGGAGGGGCGGGGCUAAAAGAAAGGGAAGUUAGGAUUUUAAUGAUGUUGUUUAACAUUUCUAUUUGAGUUUAGUGUUUUGUUAACGAACACGGGCUGGUUUGGUUUAGACGACUGUAACUCGGUCUUAACUGGGGUGAGAGAGUGCAGGAGCUCGUCUGCAGCUUGUGCAAACCGCCUUCCUAGAAGGGAGAAGGAAAUAUGAUCAUGUGACACCGAUCCUGGCAGAUCUGCACUGGUUACCGGUCGUUUUUAGAGUGCGUUUAAAAAUUCUUUUAUUGGUUUUUAAGGCAUUGAACGGGAUGGCACCAGAAUAUUUAUCUGACUUGUUACAGCCAUAUAUAACUGUGUGUGGUGUUUAUUUUAAAUGCUUUUAUUACGAUUCUUAGUGGGCUUCCUAAACCUAUUUUGGCGUGGCUUUUUCUGUCUUAUUACUCACAGCAGCAAGUAAACGUCACGUAAAACGUUGCCUCGUGUUUCUGCGUGCUGCCGUUUACGUGUUUUAUGAUCACAGCAAUUAACCGACUAAGCUGUAUUUCAUUUUUAAGCAAUGGUUGAUCAAUUGUCAGAUCACACAUAAAAAGCACUUUGGAUUGCUGUUAUCAGUCUCACCGAGACGGAUCUCAGACAGAUCCUGAGACGCUCCUGCCUGACAUUUUUAUUUUAUUCACGGAAAUAAAUCAGACUAGUGAUUUCUCUUGGCGUUCAGUUUAUACAUUCAAACAGCACAGCACUCUAUUUAAACUACUUACGUGUAAAUCUGUUAUUUGUCCAUCCAUCCAUCCAUUUUCAUCGCUUAUCCGGAGUCGGGUUUCUGGGGCGGUAGCGUCGAGAGUCCCAGACUUCCCUCUUCCCAGCCGCCUGAGCCAACUCCUCUGGGGGAAUCCCAAGGGGUUCCUUGGCCAGGUCCGGUAAGAAGUCCGCUCCGACAGCUUCUGGCGUUUUUAAAAAGUAUCCCAGGGGCACGGUAAGGGUCGGAGAUGUUUAGUCUAUUUAAUUUCUGACUAUAUAAAACGAUUUCUUCGGUUUUAAAGUGUGAAGUAAAGUCCGACGAAGUAAAAUCCAAGCCGAUCCCGUUCACUUUGUUUACAAUUGUUGCCUGCCAACAUGGCAUCUACUCUCUGAGAGUCACGUGACGUCCGGACCUCUAUACAUCUACCUAGUCGUUCGCUCCGCUCAGAGUCACCAUACGCUUCUAGUCCCCGCAACUAGGCUCUAAACAAGAGGAGACGGGGCUUUUUCGGUAGCAGGCCCGAAAUUAUGGAAUGAUCUUCCAUUAUCUGUGCGACUCUCCACGUCAGCAGAGGUUUUUCAGAAGGCGCUGAAGACCCAUUAUUAUAAUCUGGCUUUUUACUCGUUAACUGAUGUUUUGCAUUUUGCUGUUUUUAUUAUUUGGUUUCCAUUUAUUCUUUGUUUUUAUCUUUUUUUUAGUUUACUCUUGUUCAGCACCUUGGUGACAUAAGAUAUGUCUGUAAAGUGCUUUUAUAAAUAAAAGGUGAUGAUGAUGAUGA